AUGCAUAGGAGAUGUUCGAGCCGAGCAGCAAGACUGUUGUUCUUGCUGUUGUGCAUGACAGAGGAGUCCCUGUUGUCUCAAGUCCGUUCGGGGUAUGGAAGGAAGAGGAAGUUCUUCCACAACUACCAGAGAUCGAGGGAGUUUGACUACCUUGACAUGGUCGAUGCGAAGAAGAACCGACUGACAGAGGAGUUGAAGGAUGUGAAAGUUUCUUGGAGCACGGUAGAGGAGCUGCGCUCCAACGUCUUCGACAUCCCGUCUUUCCGUGAAGGUGGAGGAAGCCUAUGGCAGGGAGAGACGAUCAGGAGAGUCCUAGACGGUCAGAGCACGCUCUUCAUCUCUGCAACAGGAUCAGGAAAAUCCUUGACAUAUCUCUUGCCGACUGUUGCGAUGAAGAACAAGGGGAGCAUAACUCUCGUGAUUUCGCCUCUGCUUGCUUUGAUCAAGGAUCAGUUGUUGGGGUGCCUGACAAGGAGAGAAAAACAGUUGAAGUCUCUCCCCUACUGCAUUCGCGGGGCUUGUCUGAGCAGUGAGAUGAAUGAGCUCGAAAUCAGCGAAGUGAACAGAGAAGUCGUCAAGGAUCUCAUGAAGAACGUCGAUCGCAUCAAUCUUGCGUGCAUCGAUGAAGCACAUUGCGCGUCGUCGUGGGCUCACCAUUUCCGACCGUCUUACCUGAGGCUCGGGAGAUUUCUGACUGAGAAGUUGAAAGUGAGAUGUAUCCUUGGUUUGACAGCCACAUCGACUGCCCGAGUUACAAAUCAAAUCUGCCGACUACUCUUCAUUCCGAAAGACGGUGUUGUCUACUCCUCUACCAUCAGACCAAAUCUUCACGUUUCCGUGCUGAGGGUAAAUCGGGAGGUCGAGACGUUAGAAACGAUCAUCUCUUCUCUUCCGAUCUUGUUCGAGAAUUCCAUCACAUCCGACAUAGUAGAAGGCCAAGAAAAGUCUCCCAGCUUCAGCACCAUCUUGUACUGCAGCACUCAAGCUCUGUGUGAGAAGCUUGCGACGUCGCUGAAGAAACGAGGCUUCCGCGCACUUCCAUAUCAUGGGGCCAUGAAGAAUCAAGAUCGGAGAGCAAACCAGGAUGCCUUCUUCUCGAAUGAAGUUCAGAUCAUCGUUGCGACUGUUGCGUUUGGAAUGGGAAUCAACAAGAAAGAUAUCCGGGCCGUCAUUCACUAUAACUCUCCAUCAAGCAUCGAGGAGUGGUCGCAGCAGAUUGGACGGGCGGGAAGGUGA